UGAAUGAUGUAGACGUUUUAACGGAUAAAAAUAAUUAUAACGGUUUUAUUUAUAACGUGACUGAUCGUGUAGCAUUGUGUAUUCGAGAUUCGUUUUUUUUUUUCAAUUAAAUUAAAAAAAAAUGGAAUAAUUAUAAAAAUUUUAUGACAUCGUACACAAUUAUUAUGAAUGAAAAAUUAGAUAAGAAACAAAAAAAAAAAAAAAAAAAAUCAUUCUUAAAGUGAAAUUAUAUGUGCAUACUUAUGUAUGUAUGAAUAUUCUUGACCUAUGAAAUUUUGUUUAAUUAAUUAAUUUAAAUUUUAAAAAGAAGAUUAAGAAACAAAAAAAAAAUUCAAUGUAGUGCAAAAUUUGAAUUUUUAUAUAUUUUUAAUUUGUGUUUCAAGUAUACUGGCGCUUAUAAUUCAAAAUAAGAAGUAAAAUUAUUUAAUUAUUAAAUAUUAUUGUCAAUAAAAAUUAUAAAGAAAAUUAAUAAUUAUUAAAAAUGGAUAAAUUAAAGAGAAUUUUAAAAUUAUCGAUUAUUCCAAUUGGAUUUUUACAAAUAUUUCUUAUGCAAAUGGAUUCAAUUAGAGCAGAUUUGAAUUAUAAUCACAAUGAGAAUAACAAUACAAUUUUUGAGAGUGUACCAACUACAGUCAAGACGUACGAGAAUGAUACAGUUAUGCUACCAUGUACUGUUAAUUCUCCACAGUUUUAUACAAGAUGGUAUCGUGAAAAUGAUAUGAUUAUUGAUUCAAGACACCAAGAUGUACCGCCACCAGAACGUUAUCAUUUAUGGCCAAACGGAACAUUACAAGUAACAAAUGUUCAAACAGAAGAUACAGGUGAUUUUCGUUGUGAAGUUAUAAAUCAAUCUGGAAUUUAUGGUGAACAAGAACAUGCAAUUGAAGUACAAUAUGCUCCAACUGUUAUUACAUCACCAAGCGGCACAGUUGAAUUUCAAAUUGGAACCGUAUUUGAAAUAAUAUGUGAGGCAAAAGGUUAUCCAAAUCCAAUUAUAACAUGGCGUCGUAAAGGAAUUGAUCAACCAAAUCAAUCAGAUCGAUUAGAGAAUCGUAAAAGGCAUUUAGUAGAAAUUGAAUCACGUGAUGAUUCUGGUCCAAUUGAAUGUGUUGCUGAAAAUGGUGUUGGUGAACCGGCUGUUGAUGGAAUUUAUUUGAAUGUUUUAUUUCCUCCAGAAAUUAAAGUACUUCAAAGUAUUGUUCACACGAAAAUCAAUAUGCGUGCCCAUUUAGAAUGUAUUGUAAUAUCAGCACCACCAGCUAAAGUACAAUGGUAUCAUCAUGGGGUACCAGUAACCACUGAUAUGCGUAUUGCACGGAAUGAUGUUGAAAUUCAUAGGAAUAGAUCACAAAGUCAUUAUUAUACAGAAACAAAACAUCAAUUAGUUGUUAAAAAAGUACGUGAUUCUGAUUUAGGAAUGUAUGAAUGUCGUGCUGAAAAUAAAGUCGGUUUUAAAUCAUCAACAAUUGAAUUAACUGGUAGACCAAUGCCAUGUUUAUUUAAAACAUCACCAGUACAACAACCAGGAACAGCACAUACAUUAAUUUGGCAAACUGAGAGUUUAUCACCAAUAUCUGAAUAUAAAUUGAAAUUUAGGCAGGUACCCUCAGGUAAUGUAACACCACAAAAUAGACCGCCUGUUAUGAAUUGGAAUGAACUUACAAUACCAGCUGAGUUUUCAGAGGGAUCUAUUCAUGUUACAACAUAUACUCUACGUGGUUUACAGCCAGCAAGUGUUUAUGAAGUUGCAGUAACAGCUAGAAAUCGUUUUGGUUGGAGCGAUAAUAGUAAAAUUAUAAGAUUUGCAACUGGUGGAGAAGUUGAAUUAAAUUAUUCCACUGAAACUCAUUAUACAAGUUACGAUGAUUUCGAAGAUAAUUUCUUAAAUGAUCAUAGCGUAUCAAGUGUUCAACAAUAUUCAGCUGCAUCGCCAUCAUCACCACAAUCUCCAUCAUCUUCACCUUCACUGUCAUCUUCAUCAUCCUCAAGUAGUAGUCAAGUUACAUAUGCAAGAGCCACAGUUUCAGCGAAUAAUUACAUUAAAUUUAGCUUUAGUCAAUAUUUAAAGUUAUUACUCUUAAUGAUAUUUUAUUUAAUAUAAGUAUAAAUAAUAAAUAUAUUUUAAAAGAUAUUUUUAAUUUUAACGAAUUAUUUUAAAUAAUGUAAGUUUAAGAAAUAAAAUUAAUGUGAAUAGUGCCUAUUUUUA